AUGAAUGGGACAGCCAUUGAAAACUUUGCUUGUGUCAUUUUUAAUGUUUCCUUCAUGAACUGCACCUGGCAUGUGGGCAGGACUGCUACAGAAGACACCCAAUAUUUCCUGUACUGGAGGUCCUGGAAGAAAGAAGAUGUCACAGAAUGCCAAAAUUAUAUCAAAGAUAUCUAUGGAAGGCACACAGGAUGUCAAUUUCAAAAUGUGACAAUAGAAAAUAACAAUGCUUAUUUCCUGGUAAAUGGAUCCCGAAGUGGACAAAGCAUUCAGUCAUAUGAGAAGAAGAUACUGCUAUACAAAAUUGAAAAACUCACCCCUCCAUUAAAUGUCACAGUGAACUGCACAGAAGCUUCUCAUAGAUGCAGUAUUUGGUGGCAACCACCUCGUACAAGUCAUGUGAAAAAAAAGAGUUGUUUCAAAUAUGAAAUUGUCAUAGAAAACAAGGCUGAUGCUGAGAAAAACACCAAAACUACAUCUCAAACAGCAGCAAUCAUUGAAAAUAACUCCUACCUAUAUGAAAGCUUCAGCUCAGAAAAAAGGUACAGCAUCAAAAUCAGAGCAACAGAUGCAGGCUUUUGUUUAGUAAGCCCAAACUGGGGAGAGUGGAGUACGCCUGUGGAGUUUGGCAUGAAGGGGUCAGCCAUUGGAAACUUCUCCUGUGUGCUUUAUAACAUCUUCCUCAUGAACUGCACUUGGCAAGCAGGCAGGGAUGCUCCAGCAGACACACAGUAUUUUCUCUACUGGCAGAAAUCAAGAGUGGACAAUCAGAUGGAAUGUGAGCUUUACAUUAAAGAUGAAAAUUGCAGAAAUGUGGGAUGUAUCUUCCAAAACGUGAGCAUAGGGAUUGAAAAAGCUUACUUCCUGGUGAAUGGGUCUAGCAAAGACUCUCUGAUCCAGUUCUAUGAUGAGUACAUUGAUCUGUAUAAAAUUGAAAAGCUCAUGUCUCCAUCAAAUAUCACAGUCAACUGUGAUGAAAUUAAAAAUUAUUGCAUAAUUCAAUGGCAACGACCCCAGAUAAGUCAUUCUAACAAGGACAUGUGCUUUAAAUAUGAAAUUAGCAUAAAGUAUAAGGAUAAUCCUAAAGGAAAACCCAUAUAUACUUCCAUACAAGAAGGGGAAAAUAGUAACAUAUUUCUAAGAUCAAACACAAGAAAGAAAUACGUCUUGAAAAUGAGAGCAGCUGGCAGUGCCUGCUUUGUGAACCCAGCCUGGGGGGAAUGGAGUGCACCUGUUGAGUUUGGAAAUGAGGAAAUUAUAUCUUCUUCACUAUGGAUUUUACUUGGGGUAGCAGUUGCAACACCCUUAAUGGCAAUCAUCACAUUUUUUUUCUGCAAGAGGACUGGCUGUUGGAAGGCAGCAUUUCCACAGAUCCCAGGACCAAAACCUGCUUUUUUUACACUGGCUGAUACAAAUCCAGAGCUGAUGGAGAGCAAAAUACAGUCAAUAACAUCUGAAAAUGAAGAGAUAUUAUUAGUUGCUGACAUCGUGAGUUAACCAAGAAAAAUGAAGGAGUCUGAAAGUGCAUUUCUCAGACAACUGUGUAUCCCUGUGGAAAGUCUUUAUUUCUUUACUUUGUUUACUUUCUUUACUUUCUUUAAUUUCUUUACUUUGUUCUUUUUCUCACAUAUAAGCAUGUUGGAGCCAAGAGAGAAUGAUACCUCAUAUGCAAUCUUUUUAAAUGCCAUUGUAUUUGCUUUUAUUUUUAGCUAAUUUUAACUGUUUGGGUAAGUUGUCCUUAUUGGAUAUCUUCUAUUUUGUAAAUAUGUUUGGAAUAUUUUAUUCAAGAAGUUUUAGUUACGUUUUAAUCUUAAGGAAAAAUAACUGUCUUUCUAUUUCAUAUUAAAAAGAUUAAUUAUUAAUUUAUUGAGUUUAAUAAAAUUUUUAAAAUUCUAAUGCCUGAAUUUCACUGUUCUACUGCCAAAAAUGGGUCAUCUCAUACUAGAAGUUUCUUUGGAGCUCUUCAAGUACACAUGGGCAACUAGAAAAAUGAGAUUCGCUCAGAUUUUUACACUAGACAUUUGAACAUCGCUAUUUGAUUAUUAGACUAAUUUUAAAAUGGUACUAGAUGUUUUAUUAUUAGACUAAAUAUUCCUGGGACUCUUUUCUUGCACAGGCGCCAAUUCACAUACAAGAGUCCAGACACACUUUCUUAAACCCCUAAAUAAAGUGGACACAUGCAAACUACCUUUAGAAAUUAGCCCUGGCCUGAGCUAACCUCUGGACUAUGUCCAGGAGCUGUUCAGGACAUUACUUGUAAAUCCUGGCUGAACUAAUGCUGGGAACAGUUGUUCCUGGACAUGUUCCAGUGCUGGGGCGCCUUCCAGUGCUGUACUUUCUGCAGCUUAUACCGUGGCUGAACACAAACAGCUCUUGGCACACCUAUUGCCUUUGACACAGUUAAUGAUUACCUUUUGGUCAAAGACUCACCUGGGAAGCUUUUUGCAGCAGGUCAGAACAAAAAAGCAAAUUUCUAAAAGAGGCUGAAUUCAUGCUGGACACAAUUGUAAACCAUCUUUGUAUUUUUCCCAGUAUGCAGCAGUGGUCAGAAUGGAAAUGCUCACAAUAACUUGCUAAAAGGCUGGUGGGGUUCUAACAGACUGGUUUACAUAACCUUGCACAGUAACUCUCCUCUUGGGCAAAAUUGCCAGAGUGAGGCAUAGUUUGGCUCCAGUCCACCAAAACCUAACCAUGAGCUAUGAACAACCAUCCAGUGGCUCAACCUGAUGAAGGGAAUAGUAAAAUAUAAUAAAGACAGUAUCGAGACAAUCAAGAGAUGGCAUGGGGGUCUUGUUAAGUAGAACUUAAACAAACUGUUCCUUUGUUUUCUGUUUUCUCCUGGAGAGGGAUAACAUAUUCAACUGAUGCAGGAAAGGUGUUACAGACAGAACCCUGAUGAAGGGUUCCAGGAUACAAUGUAAAAUCAUUGAAUCACAGAAUGAUCAAGGUUGAAAUAUACCUC